AUGAGCAAAGCAGGCGGCGGCCCCGGCUCGGCCACGGGCCCGACGGCCGCGGCGGCCGCGGCCGCGGUGCAGAAGCGGAAGUCGCUGCUGCAGAAGGCGGACGCCGACGUCUCCAGCCUCGUCUACAAUUUCUCCUCCCUCAUCAACAUCGCCCGAGUCAACGAUCCGCCAGUGCGCAACUCGCAGGAGGCCUUCCAGAUGGAGACGCGCGCCGCCCGCAUGGUACAUUCAGCAGACUCUCUGUUGAAAUUAGUGUCGGAACUUAAGAGGACAGCCAUCUUUUCUGGGCUUGCUUCAUUGAACGAGAAUGUGGAUAGGAGGAUAGAAGUGCUGGGUCAGCAAGCUGAGGGAACUGAGAGAAUGCUGGAGAGGAUUGGGCAGGAGGCAGCAGCAAGCCUCAAGGAGCUAGAGGCACACUACUACUCAUCUGUUGUGCGGUCACCAUCCUAUGAUUGA